UCCAUUCUAUCAUUUCUACAUUUCAUUCUCUCUCUCCAAACCUCUUUUUCCUACCAUCGCCGCCCAAAUCCUAGAUCCCCAAAUCCCUUCCCCCAUCGCCAAACUCCGCCGCCUCUUCGUCUCUUCAAACCCGUCCCCCCAUCGCCGUCUCUUCAAACCCGCUCCUCCCAUUGCCGCCCACAUCCUAAACCCUACCCUCCCCAAAUCCCAUUCUAUAAUACCCGAUUCUUUAGUCAAACCCUCAGCCUCUCUACCCGAUUCUUUUGCCAAAUCCUCCGCCUCCCUAGACACUUCUGUAGCCAAGCCAAACCCGCCGCUUCCCUAGAUGAUUCUCUAAUACCCUGCCACCCUUCUCUAGUUCCACUUCUCUCCUUCUUAACGGGUAUCUUACAAUAUGAGUACACAAAAAUCUCAAAGAAAACGGGAUCUAAGUGAAUCUGAAUAUACAGAAUCUGACGAGGAUGUACGUGAAUAUGAAAUUGGUGAUAGAAGAACAAAAAAAGACAAAGAGGCUCCAAAGACGAAAGCUUCAACUUCUAAACGUGUCAAAAUGGUUAUAUCCCCCAAACGUCUGAUGAAGAAGGGUUGGACAAAUAGAGAUGGAUGGAUUGAAGCUAACAUAAUUAGGAGUUAUUUGGAAAUGCCAUUUUGUAUAAAAUUUGGCAUGUUUUGGUUAAUAUUUUUGGUCAUAUUAAUGGAACAAAUCCAAGUAGUUGGUGAAUUUCAUUUCCAAAUGUGUUUUGCAAAUUUGUGAUGAAUUUAUGUUGGUGUACUAAGCAUUGAU